CGCAGCGAGUCUACCUGGUCUCCUUCGUGCACCGCCCCAGGGGCGCGGGCGAUGGUUCGCACUGCUCGCGCUCAGUAAGUGGAGGUGCAGUGAAUUUCUACUGAUAGCCAAAGGAAACAACCCAGAAACCUGGUCCUUAACCGCUAAAAAACAGUAGUGAAGAGGAUGGAUAGAAAUUCAGCCCUUGAAAGGUUAGGAGGCUGUUCCCUCCAUCUGACACCCAAGGGGUUGUUCGCCCAUCCACUUCUCAAAUUCAUUCAUUCAUUCAUUCAUUCAUUCAAUUAUUUAUUGAACAUAUGCUGGUGCCAAAUGCUAUUUCUGAAUGCCUUGGCCCUGAUGGUAGUCAUAACCGGCCCCUAACGGAAUAGUAUCGUCUUCCACAUCCCAGGUAGUGGCAAACGUACUUCUCUGUGCCACGAUCCAAUGCUCAGUACGCUCUUCCUUCUUUUUUCCUCAGCCUUCAUACGUAAUUCACUAAUCCUGUGCUCCUCACCCCUCAUCACACUGCUCAUCACAUUGUCUGCCUGGUUUACAGAAGUCCCUCAAUGACUUUCUGCGUCCAUCUAAGGGGACUUUCUCCACAGCAGACAAGGCAAACCUUGAAAACCCAGCUCCCCGGGCUGGAGAGAUGACUCAGUGCUUAACUCGUUGCUCUUGCAGAGGACAGGGGUUCCGUGUCUAGAUUCACGUGGUGACUCAACAACUAUCCCUAUCCCAGUUCUAGGGGAUCUGACACCGUCUUCUGAACUCCCAGGCAUGCACAUGGUGCACACAUACAUACAUGCAGGCAAAACUCUCAGACACAUAAAAUAACCUAAAUAGAACUCAAACCAGCCCUGUUCACUCCUCUCUCAGUUUGGAGAAAUGGCUUUCCUAAGUCCCACCCUCUACCUUCUGAUCCUGUUUCCUACAUUUAUCUUCCUCAUUGCCCUCCUCGUGGCUCUUCAAACAGUAGCUCAGGGGCCUUUGGAACUAGCAGUGCUCUCUGCCUACAAUGCUGAUGCCCUCAUUUCCCUUAAUUAUUUGUCAAAGUGAGGUCUACUCCGACCAUUUAAACCUCAAGCUCUCCACUGUGAGAAGUCCACGCUCCAUUUCCCCGGAUGAUUUUCACCUUGUAACAUAUUUACUCCGGGUGAUACUUAAAAUUGAAGAAAAGUUGGUAAACAACAAUACCAAACACCCACAGCACCUCACAAAAACCAUCCAGCACAGCUCAAAGCAGGGUGUAGGUACUCUUCUCUUUCUCUACAUUGUGAGGUCAGGGAGGGGACUCAGAGCUGACCUAAAUGUCAAGGAGUUCUGAGGCUAGUGACGGGGGCUGGGUGAGAAGGAAGGGCUCUCUGGGCUUCAGGAACUGCAGAGAAGAGGUUGAGGUGGAAACCCACAAGCUCCUGGGCAGGCGUUUGAACGCAUUUGCCCUCGGCUUCUAGGAGUCCUGCCUGCCUUAGUGCUAUCCCGCAGUCUUCCCUUAAGCGUUUGGAUAGGCAAGCUCCAGGUAGAGCUUUGGGACCUACAGGUGAACUGCAGACCCUCACUGGCGGGUGAGAGAAGCCGUAAUGGCUAAUUUCUAGAGGCAGAGAUGGGGCUGACCCAAGGACUUGGUUGCAGGCUCUGUAGGAGCUCGCUUUUUGAAGCGCCCUAUCUGAUGAACUGCCGGGCUUGGCUCUGCCAGCGUGGGGUGGGACUGGCUGGGCGGUAAGAGGGGACUUUUGGGGGAAAAAAAACAGUCGAGUUCUCCUUCGGUGGUGGGCUGGAGGCCUGUGGGUAGCCUGACGUUGGGCUUGGGGUUCGAGGUCAUCCAUCACCGACAAGUCCUGCGGUUCAGGCGGGUCCUCACUGCCCAGGUCCUCAGUUUCCCUCUGGUGUGCGUGCCGAGGCGACUUUGCAGAUCCCGAGGCCUGGUGGGUACUGGGCGGGGAGAGACCGGGGCGGUAACACGAGCCUCCCGGGCGGGGUCUCCUGGCUCCCGCGGCCACGUCUGCGGCCCGGGCGGAGGCGCGGGGUCCGGAGCAGAGAGCUGUCGCAAAGCACCCGACGACCCAGGCUCAGGCUCUGGAGGCUCUUCUGAUAAGUGUGUCACCAACAAGACCCCACCAAGGUGUGAGACCAUAUACGGCCUCUCCUUCAUUAUGACUCUUGCGGGUUGAGCUGCAAUAGGAACCUUGGAGCGCCAGAAUUUGGUUCUUAUUAAGGUGGGCUGGACACCACUGAUAGAGGCUGGUCGGGGCCCAGGAAGGUCACUGGAUCCUGAACAUGGCAGCAGGCCUGUAGUCCCAGAACUGGGGAGAUGGAAACAGUUGGAUCAGCUCAAGAACAUUCUUGGAUGCAUAUUUUUGAUAUCCAGUUUUUGUGUGUGUGUGUGACCCUUCAUGACCUUUGAAAAGAACAGCAAGGAAGACUAGUCAGUGUCCUUCACAGAUGAAGUCUGAGAGCUGCAGGGACACAGUGGCAGCCACAGGACUGGGCUGGAGGUCUGAGCUCGGGUCCCUUCCUCCAGGUGCUACCAUCUCCACCUCAGCGUUCUUGUGGGAGCCAUGAAGCUGAACAAGAGGAGCAUGACCCACUAUGCUCUGAGUGAUUCUCCAGCAGAUCACACUGGCUUCCUUCGUACUUGGGGAGGACCAGGGACAGCACCCACUUCCAGUGGUGCUGGCCGAAGAUAUUGGUUUGUGCUCAAGGGCAACCUGCUAUUCUCUUUUGAGAACAGAGAAAGCCGGGCCCCUCUGAGCCUGGUGGUAUUGGAGGGCUGCACGGUGGAGCUGGCUGAGGCUCCUGUGCCCGAGGAAUUUGCUUUCGCCAUUCGCUUUGAUGCCCCUGGAGUGCACCCGCACCUGCUGGCAGCAGAUGGGCAGGUUGCCCAGGAGGCCUGGGUAAAGGCACUAUCCCGAGCCAGCUUUGGCUACAUGAGACUUGUAGUCAGAGAACUGGAGAGCCAGUUGCAGGAUGCCCGUCAGAGCCUGGCCUUGCAUCGCUGUGUGUCCCAGAAGUCUGUUGCCUGCUGCAAUAAGCCUUGGACUCCUGACCGCUCAGCUCCAGGCCCUGAGAAUGGCUACUUUCUCCCUAGGGACCGAAAUUCCAAUGGUUCUGUGGAAGAAAGGGGGAGCAGGCCAAUGGGUCGGGAUUUGACUGAGUGGGAGUUACAGGGCCCUGCCAGCCUCCUCCUAAGCAGGGGACAGAGCCCCGUGUCCCCUGAGACCUCUUGUUUCUCUACCUUGCAUGACUGGUAUGGGAAGGAGAUCAUGGAGCUAAGGCGAGGAUGGCAGCAGAGGGCCAAGGGGAGCCAGCCGGAGAGCAAGCAACAGGAUAGGCCCUGAGCCCCAGUCCUUUGCACUGCGACCCUGACCUGCUGGUCAGGAUGCCAGGGUCAGUACUUCAGGAGUUAAAUGUUUACUCAUUUCCCAGAUUUCUCUCUGUGUGUGUGUGUCCCCCUCCUGCUCUGUAGACUAUCUCCAACUUUCAAUCCUCCCCUCUGCCUGGAGUGAACUGAGGAAUCAUGAUUUCCAACCUUUUUCCUGAGACCUAGAAAGUCCAGGUGACUGAUGGGAACAUAAUGUAAUGUAGGAAGGGGCUGUGCCCCCUGCAGGACACUUUAGCUGUAAUUUUCAACAUGAGAAGCCUUGGGCAUCUGAAUGCCAGCGGUGCCAGCAGAAGUGGCCUGAGGACUAAUAUCGACAUGGUUUGUGCAGGGCUCUCUAGGAGAGGCUGUUCUGGUGCUAAAGGGGGAUUUCUUUUCUCCCCCCGCCACCUUGUCAAUGUCCACUGCUGGACAUGGCCCUGGGACAGACAGGCAGCCUUGAUCUAGGAGCAGCCCUUCCUGAUCUGCUGUCCACGGACACUCCUAGGGACCCUGUCUCCAAGCCUUGUUUCCCAAGACUUGUCUGCCAAGAACCCUCGUGGCUACUUUCUCCUGUAUCAUGCCAAGUAUUGUUUUCUUCUAAGAGGACAAAUGGCUGGGUCUUCAGAGCCAUAAGCCAGGCCCAUCUGUCCCUUUAUGUAUGUGUGGUGACGGUAACUGUGGGAAAAUGUGGGGCUUGAUAGAGCUACACCUCUUUCCCAAACAAAACCUGCCUCUUCCUGACCGCCCUGCUUUCCCCGUCUGGGGACUUGGGGCAAUCUGACUCAAAUCACCCAGGCCCAAAGGCCAGUCUUUGACCUCCAGGAGACUUGAGUUUCAUGGUUUCCUUGGCCAGGGUCAGAUCCUGUGAUGUCAGGCAUGGUUCUCAGCCUGCACAUAGCAUCAUAGCCAUCUGCCCUUGAUUGUACACACAAGUGCUAUACCUUUGCUAACUUUCUUGUUAGUGUUCAUUCUUUAGUUUGAUUUUUGGAGACCAGGUCUCACUUUGUAGCCCAUACAGGCGUGGAACUCAUUCUUAGCUUUGCAAGCACUGGGAUUAUAGUUAGGAACCACCACAUCCUAUUUGGUUUUGUUUGUUUUGUAGCAGGUCUUGGUUCUUGGGAAGGCCUGCCCAUCCAGCCCCUCAUUCUAGCACAUCUGGCUUUAGGUUUUUGUUUUGUUUUCUUAUAAUCAGAACAGUAAAGUUUGCAGGGUGUGGUCGCAAAGGAGGUAGAGGAGGGUCAGGAGUUCAAGGUCAUCCAAGGUUUUUGACUAGACUGGGCUACACGCGAGAAAUCUGUUCAUUUUGGUUAUUAUAACCCGUGUUUACAAAUGAAGUGUCAGGAGUUGGAGCUAUGAAGCCGGUGUCCGAGCCUAGCGACUGAGUGAGUCCGGGAACCUGUCCCGCUGGUGCAACCUCCACCAGUACAGUUCUGCUCUUGCUUGUUCGCUCGCCCUAUGGGAAGCCUGCUGCUCACAGACACUAUGGGCUCAUGUUAACUUUUUAUUGUUAAAGUUUCUUUUUAUAAAUUCAAAUACCAAGUAAAGUUUUUCAUUACA